AUGGCAAAUAAUCCGCUAAAUACGCUACAAUUCUCGCGAUUAUCUGGCUUACCUCCACAAGAUCAUUCUCAACCAUGGCUUCCAACCACUAUCUCUUCUUUAAUCCGCCAACCAAUUCUUACCCCAGUAUCAACUCAUCAAAAUCAUGUUUCAUCAGAGACGCUUUCUUCAGAUUCUCGACGAGUCCUUGAUCCAGCAACAAUUCCUCUUUUAACACUUCAACAA